AUGAUUAGAGAAAAACUAUAUUCUUCUUAUUGUAAUUCAAUAUAAAAACAAUCCAAAUUUAAUGAAAACUUAUUUUAAAAAAUUAAUUAACUAGCUCCAUUCAUAUCUUAAGAUAAAAUUUUACAUUAACCUUAAAUCAAAAGAAUGAAUUAAUUUAUCAAAGUUAGAUCUUAAUCAAUUUCUCUUAAUCCUAACACUAUUUAACUUAAUACUAAUAAAAUUAAUUCUAUCUAAAACAGUGUUUAAAGAAUACAAUCUUUACCGAGAAAUGAAAAAUAAUAAAAAUAGAAAUUCAAAAAUAAAUAAUAAACAGAGAGUUAAGAAUUAUUUGAAAAUAAAGAUGCUAAUAGAAUUAUUCAUAAACUAAAUCAAAAAACUAAUAAAUUAUUAAAUGAAUCUUAUCCUGAAAUUGAUCCUACUCCUAUUGUAGAUUAUUAAAAAUAAAUACUUAGCCAUAUUGAACUCAGAAACUCUACAAAAAAGAAACUCAUUGAUAGUUUUUAAGAAAUCAUACAUUAAUAUUGA